AUGACUACUGCGGAGAAGAAGUACUCUGGCGAAUUCGUUCGCGAGACUUAUAAUGGCGGCGACCAGGACAUCCAGCACGGUACGGUAACUGAUAAUGCCGAUGACCUCCAACGCCACCUUGGAAACCGCCAGAUCCAGCUUAUUGCUAUCGGCGGAUCCAUUGGUACUGCGCUGUUCGUCAGCAUUGGCGGUGCCCUCAAUAAGGGCGGUCCUCUCGGCAUGCUGCUCGCGUACGCUGGAUACUCCUGCGUAAUUGCGCUGGUGAACAACUCUAUGGCCGAGAUGGCUACUUACAUGCCCGUCUCGGGAGGCUUCAUUCGCAUGGCUGGUAAAUGGGUCGAUGAGGCCUUUGGCUUCAUGGCUGGAUGGAAUUUCUUCCUCUACGAGGCUCUGCUCAUCCCCUUCGAGAUCACUGCGCUGAACGUUGUUUUGAAAUACUGGCGAGACGACAUCCCCGUAGCCGCCGUGUGCGCUGCUGUCAUUGUGCUCUACGGUGCUUGCAACGUUUUGGCUGUCAAGGCGUAUGGUGAGGCGGAAUUCUGGCUCUCUGGCGGCAAGGUCAUCUUGAUUCUCAUCCUGUACACCUUCACCUUCAUCACGAUGGUCGGUGGAAACCCACAAAAGGAUCCAUAUGGCUUCCGUUACUGGCGCGACCCUGGUGUUUUCGGCACUGUUGCGUGGUCCUCCGGCGAUCUCGGCCACUUCGAGGGUUUCCUUGGUGCUCUCUGGGCUGCCUCUUUCUGUAUUGUCGGCCCUGAGUACAUCUCGAUGGUGUCCGGCGAGGCCAAGCGCCCGCGUGUCUACAUCAAGAACGCCUUCAAGACCGUGUACUUCCGAUUCGGAGCCUUCUUCAUUCUCGGAGCUCUCUGCGUUGGCAUUGUUCUGCCUUACAACGACCCUACCCUCGUCCAGGUCCUUGAAGUCGGAGAGAAGAGCGCCGCCGCCUCUCCCUACGUCAUUGCCAUGACCAACUUGAACAUCAACGGACUCCCUCACCUCGUCAACGCCUUGUUGAUCACCAGUAUCUUCUCUGCCGGCAACACAUACACAUACUGCGCCACUCGCUCCCUGUACUCGCUUGCGAUUGAAGGCCGUGCGCCCAAGUUCCUGCGCAAGUGCACAAAGAAUGGUGUGCCCAUCUACUGCUUCGCCAUCGUCAUGAUAUUCCCCUUCCUGUCGUUCCUGCAGUUGUCAGACAGUGCUGCGACUGUCCUGAACUGGUUGAUCAACAUCGUUACAGCCGGUGGACUCAUCAACUUCAUCACCAUGAUGAUUACCUACUUGUGCUUCUAUCGCGCCUGCAAGGCCCAGGGCCUCGACCGCAAGACCCUUCCCUACACCGGGUACUUCCAGCCCUACGGCACGAUUGUUGGACUUGUCAUCCUCGUUAGUAUCCUCGGCGCUUACGGGUAUUCUACGUUCCUGCCUGGCCAGUUCACCAUUGAAGGCUUGUUCACAUACUACGCCAUGGUCUUCAUUGCACCGCUCACCUUUGGUUUCUGGAAGCUUUUCAAGAAGACUAGGUGGCUCAGGCCUCACGAGGUUGACCUUGUCUGGGAAGCUCCCGUUGUUGACGUCUACGAGGCAUCUUUCAUCACUCCUCCGGUUGGCUUCUGGACUGAGCUGCUUCAGCUCAUCGGCUUUAAGCGCCACAUCCCAGUCGACAAGCGAGCUGACGUGGCCUAA